AUGAUUCCAAUUUUUCCUGAAGCAAACUACACGGAUUGCACUGGAAAAACGGCAGUGGAGCAAUUUGAAAAGUUUUUUGAUGAACAGUUACUCUCGUUAAUCGUAAAGGAAUCAUCAAAAUAUGCAGAGUAUCUCGACAAACCCGAUCCAAAAAUCACUAUUGAGGAGUUGAAGGUGUACAUUGGAAUCUUGGUGGUUAGCGGUUAUUCGGUUCAGUCACGACUUGAGUCGUACUGGUCUCCAGAUCCAGAUCUCAGAAACGAAUUAGUGUGCCAGUCAAUGAGAAAAAAUCGAUUCAAGAAGAUCAGCCAAUUUCUACAUUUUAAAGAUAUGAACGAGCCAGAUGCGUCGGACAAAUUAUGGAAACUUCGACCAAUAACCGAUGACUUGAAGAAGAAAUUUUUAUCGAAUUUUCACCCGCAACAAAGCCUUUCGUAUGACGAAAGUAUGAUAGAAUACUUCGGUAAACAUGGGAUGAAACAAUGCUUGAAGGCGAAACCUUCUCCGUUCGGAUAUAAAUGCUGGUCACUUUGUACGGUUAGCGGUUACUUGGUGAAUUUCGAAAUUUAUCAAGGCAAGAAUUCCCGCUCAACAUCGGAAUACGAGACGAAAUUCGGAAAGUGUAUGGCACCCCUAUUCAGUAUGAUCGACGAUUUCGACGAUAAUAUUCGUGACCUGCCAUACUCAUUUUAUUUCGACAAUUUGUUUACGAGCAUUCGUGCAUUGACGCACCUCAAAAAUCUUGGGUACAACGGUACCGGUACUAUACGUGAAAAUCGAUUACCCGAAGGAUGCCCGCUGAAAGAGAAAAAAAAGGAAACUGUGAAACGUGGACGAGGAUACAUGGCAAGCAAAACCAUCGAAAACCUGAACAUUCAUCUCACACAAUGGGUCGACAACUCCGUUGUUAGGGUUGCAUCGACAGUAUUCGGAAUGAAGCCGGUCACCCCAGCACUGAGAUAUUCAUCGGUUGAAAAGAAAAAAGUCGAGGUUCCGCGACCUCUGGUAGUGACACAAUAUAACAAGUGCAUGGGAGGAGUGGAUAGAAUGGACCAGAACGUGUCAUUGUAUCGAAUCAACAUCCACGGUAAAAAAUGGUGGAGUUGCAUCUUUACGUGGAUGAUAGAUGUUUCGAUUCAGAACGCUUGGCAGCUGCACAGAGUCGCACAUCCCGAGAUGCCUCAACUCGAUUUCAGGCGAGAAAUUGCUUUGUACUAUUGUCGCCAUUAUGGUGUACCACCAAAGUCCACAGGUAACAGGAAGAGAAAAAUGGAGAAGGAGGACUACGCAAGUUUACGUUAUGACAAUCUUCGUCAUUGGCCUCGACAGACAGCAAAACGUCGCCGUUGCGCUUUGGAAACCUGUCAAAGUUCAAUUAGAACAAUGUGCGUAAAAUGUGAUGUUGGGUUAUGUGUAAAUUGCUUUGAGCCCUACCACAGUUUGCAAAAAUUUAAGGAAUAA